GAGAUGUCUUCGUGCUCGCUUCUCCAGUCUAGUACCUAUAAUCAUCGUUUCAGUAUGGCAUCAUCUCAAGAUCAGUUCACGUCCGCGAUGAAAGUCGCCGGCGAAUACAUGAACAAGGCCGGUCACGAAUCCUCCAAGUAUAUAAACAGAGCGCGUCAGCUGGCCGAGGAAGAGAUCAACAACCUGCCUAAGACUGGUUUGGGAGACCUCUCAGAGGAACUAGCACAGCAGCACAUCGUCAAGAAGCAAUCCGAAAACUUGCUUAAAACGGUCGAGAAACUCGCCGAUCCCGAGCCUGGACUAGUUAUGCCGGAUGUUAAGCCCACCAUCGCCAGCGUCACAAAGAUGAUCUCUGCAUUCAACAUCCCUGGAGUGCCCAAGAAUACCGCUCCCCCUCCUGAGCCUGUAGCACCGCCCAAGCCUACUUCUAGAAUGCACAAGGUUGGAGAUGCAUUCCUAAACGCCUCCGCUGAGUAUGGCUCACUCUCCAACUUCGCAACUGUGUUAAAGUCAAUCGGGACUGCCGAAACUGAGAUUGGUGUGGCCUCUCUCGCAUUCAAACAGCAAGUCAAUGACGACUUCAUCCAACCGUGGUCCAAUGUGCUCAAUACGGAUAUGAAGGAUCUGGCUGCUAAAGAGAACGAUCUCAACUAUGCGCGUCUGGACCUAGAUAGUGCCAAGCGACGCCAUCGCAACGCUAGUGAUCCCACGAAGUUAGCUGAGGCAGAGGCCGAUCUCAGACGUGCACAAAUCGAGUUUGAUCGACACUACGAUUCGCUGCAAUCCGCACUUGAGAGGCUGGACCGCGUGCAGAUGGAACAGACCAUCAUGUUGAGACAAGCCAUCGAGCACCAGCUCGCAUACCACAACAAGGCCGGCCUCGUGCUGGAGGCUCUGCUCGCCAACAUGCCCACACCCGAGGACGUGGAGAUGGACAAUGUUAGAACACACCCCAACAACGCACAGAUGCAGAUGCCUGAGUAGAGGAACGUGGCACGUGCAUGUGUAUACAUACGUGUACGUAUGCAUAUCCACACGCACAUAUGAGUACAAACAAACACGCACACACACGCGCACUUGCGCACUUGCGCACGUGAAACGCGAGCCUGGAGGAGAGCUGACUAUUCUCGAGACCGGCUGCCUGGGGUCAAAUUGAUUCCGAAUAAAAAAAUCAGUAUUAAACACUGAUGAACAUUGAGGAGUAACUUUGAGUACUGUUUCAUAUUGAGGAUAUAAAUUAAAAAAGCACCGAUGAACAACGAGGAUUGUUACUUUAUCUGUACUGAUUUACACUUAUAUAUAUUUAUAUAUAUAUACAAAGCACGUUUGAGCCGCGAAGGUUCGGAUAUGACAUUCGGAGCAGUUGUGUGUA